CACCUCCGAGUGUCUCUCCUCUGCAAAAUCAAAACCGUCGUGCACUCUCCAUCGACUUUCAGGUCGCCGGUUGGUGUGCAGAUAUAAUGUUGAAGCAAGUGGUUAGCAAGUAUUCGAUAGGUAAAGCAAUUUAUGAGGGUAACAGAGCACUGCUUAGACCUCCUUUCUUGUGCCAAACUAAUCGUGGAUUCCACAAUGGGCGGACUGAUCUUGCCCCAAGAAGCUUCUUCGGCGUAGAAGACUACGUAGACGACGACACAAGCCGACCAUACACAUACCAAAAAGAAAAAAAAUCGAAAAACCCAGACAAACACGUCUCCUUCAAGCAACGAACAGUCGCAUACAUGGAGCCCUUCACACUCGACGUCUUCAUCUCAAAGCGUUUCGUCUCAGCAUCUCUCACCCACCGUGUCACAUGCAAACAAGUUGCUGUCGCAGGAACAAACUCUAAAGACGUUAAAGCUGUUUUGAGGUCAAGAUGCGACAUCCCAGCGUGUAUGUCCAUAGGGAGGAUCUUAUCCGAACGUGCAAAAGAGGCUGAUGUGUACACAGCUUCUUACACGCCACGAGACCAAGACAAGUUCGAAGGAAAAAUCAGAGCUGUUGUUCAGUCUCUUAUUGAUAACGGAAUCGACGUCAAAAUCUAUCUUGAUUAGAUAUCAAAAUCAUGUUUGGUUCUUGCGUUGAACGUUUGAUAAAAAAAAUCUAUUAUGGAAACUUAGGUCACAAGCAAGCGAGUCUUGUUCAUUUCCUCUACACUUUCCUAUGAAAUUGAAAAUUCUCAUUUAAUAAUAAUCAAGAAAAGUUUCCUU